CUCUGAUUUGUCAGUUAGUGCCCAGGCUUUAACACGAAAUGUUUGCAGGAAUUCGAUCAGGCAACAAGCGCCUUCAGUCAUGGUUCUCGUCCAGAAGAUCUACAUUGAGUCACUUUUUCUCCGAUGAAGGUCCUGCUAGUGAUUGCUUUCACCUUGUGGAUGGGUUUAUGCUGCUGUCUGGAACAGAAAUCCAAAGCGAAAGGACACCCAAAUGGACCUACGGUCGCCAAGUUCGCAUCUUUGUCAACGGAUUAUUCCUCUACCAGAUGGCAGUGACCAUCCUGCAGAUGGUAUAUGCAAGCGACGGUAGAAACAGUGUCGAUUUCCGAACAAUCAUCACGUUCACAAAACUCGUAGGCUGUUUUGCCAUUUUGAUCAAGUGGUUGCUGUUGGUUUUCGAAAAGAACUCAAUUUGCACGGUCUUGAAUUUCAUCACCAACAAGAAGUUCAACUCCGGGGAUGAGGCUUACGAUGAACUCGUACAGAAGGAGUUCAACCGAUCGGCUUGUACCAUGAUGCGGAUCAUCUAUGGAAUGACGGCUGCCAAUGGUGUAACGCUUUUGAUCCCGAGUGAGGUCACCGAACAAGCCCUCGGGAUGCCACCACCGCUUGCCAGUCACGGAAAACUACUAAAACGAUUCUUCUACAUGACUUCUACGCAGCUCCUGUGCAUAGGAACUGUUCCAAAGUUUCUCAGCAAUAUGGCUUGCAUCGGAAUGCUCAUCAUGGGAAUGCGGUGCAAGCUUAAAAUCUUAGCCCAUCGCUACUACCGUGUGCUGAACCAGACUUCAUCGAGUCCAGAUGUUUACUUUUCACGAAUGGAACGGGACGUUAGAGAUCUUCUGAACCAACAGAUGGAGUAUUGGAGACACUUUGCCAUUCUUCAAACGUUAGUCGAGAAAGCCUUCUUCAUUGCUCAUUUCUACGCCAUGUACAGCCUUGGGACAUGUUUUUAUCUAUCCCAUAAAACGGGUUUCAAUUUUCUUUCUGGAACAUUGGUGUCAUUGUCGGUAGUCUACGUAUUCAAGCACUAUUUGUGGUGUUAUUUAGUUGAUUCACUACAGGAUGUUGGCGAGUCGAUUGGCGAUGUGAUCUACGAGCACUGUGCACAACUGCCCUACUGUCGGAAGCAUCAUGCGCAGUACAUGCGAAUGAAAUCGUCCUUGGUUAUUAUAUGGAUGAACACCAGAACCGGAUACUCGAUGAGUUGCAUGGGAAUGCUGGAAAUCACGACGAAAACUUUCGUCAGCUUUGUCAACGUUGUUUACUCGGUUAUGAUGUUUUUGAUCAAUGUGGCGUAAAAUUUAUUACAUUGGAAACUAUAGAUCGUAUAUCAUCGAUUGUUGGUAA